CCGUAGUCCCUGCGGGCUGAGGGCUCAGCCUAGCGACCCGAGGCACGCCUCGGAAGUGUAUGGUCCUGAGGGAGUCAAUGGCAUAGGAGUUUGGUGUGGGCAGGUUUCCAGAACAGGUGCCGGAGAGGUCUGCAGCUCAAGCCGGAACUGCCUGCAGGCCACUGUGAGUUUCACUAAAGUAGUCCAUGAUCUUGCUGCCUCCACGUCCACGAAGUAUGGCCAGGUAGCCUGCAGAGCCUCUGGACCAGCACCAGCCCCUGCUGUGAGCACACGUCCUAGAUAAAGCCUGCAGAGUCACAGCAGCCAGAAGUGGGGUCACCAUGGCGUCCCCAUCGUCCUACCAGGCGGAGGAGGACGAGAGCCUGAAGGGAUGUGAGCUCUAUGUUCAGAAGCAUGGCGUUCAGCAGGUCCUCAAAGACUGCAUUGUGCACCUGUGUGUCUCCAAGCCUGAUAGGCCCAUGAAGUUCCUGCGCGAACACUUCGAGAAGCUGGAGAAGGAAGAAAACAGACAGAUUCUGACACAGCAAAAGUCAGACUCUCACGACGAGGAGGUCUCCCCGACCCCACCAAACCCUGUGGUGAAAGCUCGCCGCCGCCGAGGGGGCGUGAGUGCCGAGGUGUACACCGAGGAGGAUGCCGUGUCCUACGUGAGGAAGGUCAUCCCCAAGGACUACAAGACCAUGACGGCGCUGGCCAAAGCCAUCUCCAAAAAUGUGCUGUUUGCUCACCUGGAUGACAACGAGAGAAGUGACAUCUUCGAUGCCAUGUUCCCUGUCACGCACAUCGCUGGGGAGACCGUCAUACAGCAAGGGGACGAAGGGGAUAACUUCUAUGUGAUUGACCAAGGAGAAGUAGACGUGUAUGUGAACGGAGAGUGGGUGACCAGCAUCAGCGAAGGGGGCAGCUUUGGGGAGUUGGCGCUCAUUUACGGCACCCCCAGGGCAGCGACCGUGAAGGCCAAGACAGACCUCAAGCUCUGGGGCAUCGACCGGGACAGCUACCGGCGUAUCCUCAUGGGCAGCACACUGAGAAAGCGCAAGAUGUAUGAGGAAUUUCUCAGCAAGGUCUCCAUCCUGGAGUCCCUGGAGAAAUGGGAGCGCCUGACUGUGGCAGACGCCCUGGAGCCCGUGCAGUUUGAGGACGGAGAGAAGAUCGUGGUCCAGGGGGAGCCUGGGGAUGACUUCUUCAUCAUCACGGAGGGCACGGCCUCCGUCCUCCAGCGCCGGUCCCCCAAUGAGGAGUACGUGGAGGUGGGGCGCCUGGGGCCUUCCGACUACUUCGGGGAGAUCGCGCUGCUGCUGAACCGGCCCCGGGCGGCCACCGUGGUGGCCCGAGGGCCCCUCAAGUGUGUCAAGCUGGACCGGCCCCGCUUUGAGCGCGUGCUGGGCCCCUGCUCCGAGAUCCUCAAGAGGAACAUCCAGCGCUACAACAGCUUCAUCUCCCUCACCGUCUGAGCCCCGCAGCCCCGCUGCCCAGCUUCUGUGUGCUGGCAAGCUCGUCUGUGUCCACGGGCCGCAGAGGGGGGUGGGCACCCUGGCCACGUGGGGCCACCCCUCCCUCCAGGCUUUUGUUUGGAAAAAAACAGUCACCCUGUGCACUUCAAAAAAACGGUCCCCAGAGACCCCUGGGCUGAGGAGAUGCCAGCGGCCCCUCCCCACGUCCCUCCCUGUGUGUCUUCUCUGACCAGCCUGCCCCCGGGUGGCCAAAGGGCCCAAUGAGAGUCCAGGCUGGCUCAGGUGGGCUGAAGGUCAUGUGAUCAGGGCUCCAGUCCUGAGGGUGGUGCGGUAACCUUUGGGGGGUGUCUUGGAGGGACCCCCAGCUUCCGGGGAAGUCAGUGUGAGGGACAGAAGGCCCCAGGCAUGAGAGCCUCUGGUCACCCAGGCUCACAGGAACCCUUAGAGGAGGACAUGGUCGAGUGGCGCGUGCCCUCAUCUCCCCUGGGCGGUGCCCCUAGGGUGGCCUGGCACAUGAGGAGCUGGGGACGCCCCACCAUUUGAGGAGCACUGCUCUCCCAGGGACAGGGGGUCAGGAUGUCUGCUCUGCAGCUUGUUUGUAAGACAGCUUCUCGGCGACCUUCCGAGAGAGGGGAGAGGUCUUACCGACACGUGCUAGGUAACGUGAGAGCCAGGGGCCCCUUCUGUGAUGCCCGGCAAUGCCCCACUGGACUCUGCCCUUGCCCAGGAGACAUGUGCAGACGAAGCUUCACCCUCCUGUAGCAGGAAGAGGAGUAAACAGCCCCAGGCCCCACAGUCCCAAGGCCAGAUCCAUUCAGCUCCCCCCAGAUGUGUUUUCCGUCCAGGUACCCUGUGAGUGAGAGAGGCCUGGGGGGCGGCGUAGAGCCUCCCGGAGCCAAGAACCACAUGGCGCCGUUCCCCUGGUGUUGCUCUCCUGUGCACGUCCGGGGGGCCCCCGCCAGCCCUGCCCCUGCCCGCGGAGUUUCUGUGACGCGUGAGCCCGCCCAACUCAUCGCGAUGUUCUGAAUGCUGCAUGUCAUAUUAAAUGUGCAAUGAACUCUC